AUGCCACAUACUGGUCAAGCUGGCGUUAACCAAUUAGGUGGUGUAUUUGUCAACGGUCGACCAUUGCCCGACUAUGUUAGAAGGCGUAUAGUACAGCUAGCUCUGUUAGGUGUCCGCCCAUGUGAUAUAUCUCGACAACUUCUGGUUUCACAUGGAUGCGUGUCGAAAAUCCUCACUAGAUUUUACGAAACUGGCUCCAUACGGCCGGGUUCAAUCGGUGGUGCUGGAUUACAAAAAAAUAAGACAACACAAGGUCAUUUUUCAAAGAAAAGUACCAGAUGCUGCAAACAAGAAGUAUCAAACAGAAUGACCGGAUCUCUAAAUGCACCUUCUCCGAUACGCAACCUACCUUGGAUACAUCCUUUAGACUUGUACUACGAACGAAUCCACCAGCACAUUCACGAAAACGGACCGGCGAGCGUCGCCGGCGGUCCGUCAAACGGCCAACCAGCGAUGCCUGGCCCGAAGAAGCCGCACACACCUUACACCAUCGAAGAGAUAUUGAAACCCACUGCUCCUCGACCGCGGCCACCAUCCCCGUGUGGAUUACUCGUGGAUGGAGUGUGCACGUGUGGUCUCACUGCAAGUAACGUUGUGUCAGCGGCGUUUUACGUCGAUGUGCAGCAGCAGCAGCAGCAGCAGCAUCAGCAAUUUAUGUGCAGUCAGCCGCUGCACCGUUAUUGA